UUACGGCAACUUUUACGUACAUAUAUUAGUUUAUUAAAAAAUGGCGGUUCCAGCACUUAUAAAUUCUUUUAAUCAUUUAAAGAUAGAAGCUGUUACUGAACUUAUCACUAAUAGUGAUAUUACUACCAGGCCAACUGUGCUCAACAAUCCAAAAGCAGGAGAAGUGUAUGUCGUUCAAGUGAACAAUGGGAAAGAUGAUUGGCGUGCAGAUGGAUAUAGAUGGAAACAGAGUGGAUGCUGUAAAAUUCCACGUGGCUCUCCAGUUUACUCAAAACUCCACUAUGCCACAGUAACAUCUACUGGGACAUCAACUUUGUUUCAGAAAUUUGUGUAUAAAGAUUUAAGCCAAAAAGAUGUUGUUGUCAUUCAUUAUAUGGGAAACCACGAACUUGCUGUCCUUAAGCCACAUGGAAACUCUAAAAAAGCUAUUAACUUCCUACCAACAGCUUUAUCCGUGCAGAGUGCAAUUGUUAAUUCAAAAAGUUACAAAGAUCUACUCAUUGAUGUCAAAGACGAGCAGAUACAGUUUCAGCCAAGAAAUCCAAGACAAUUUAAGUAUGUAAAAAGUGUUGAGGCAGCAGGUAAAAGAAUUGGUACUGAUUCCUUUAUAACUCUUCAUGAACUUGCUUAUAUGAUUCCAGGAUUUGUAUGGACAAUAUCCACUUACCCUGACUUGUCAGUAUCAUUUGGCAUGCAGAAAUCCAUAGAUCAGCUUGUUAUGUGCUCUGAGGUAUUUCUAUCAUAUGAUACUACAUUUAAUUUAGGUGAUUUUUACUUAUCAAUUUUAGUGGCACAAAUGAGUUAUUUUGUGGAAAAACCAUGUAUGCCUAUAGCUUUUGUAUUACAUGAUCGAAAGUUUGAUGUUGUUCAUAAACAUUUUUUUAAAACUCUUAAAACAAAACUACCAACUCUAAAUCAGGUGGUAGUUGUAACAGAUGGCGAGAGUGGUCUGGGCAAGUCAAUUCAAAAAGCAUUUCCUAGGUGGAACCUAGUAACAUGCUCUAACCAUAUUUUGUCAGAUGCUGAGAUUUGGUUGAAAAAACACUAUGCUGGUAAGGAAGAGAUAAAUGUAUACAAAUCUCAAUUACAAGAACUUUUACAAUGUCAAAGUAAGGGGCAGCUUGAAAUGAAGAUUGGUACAUUAAGGCUUUCUUGGAGUGAAGCCUUUGUUAUUUAUUUUGAAAACCACUUGAGUGCUCGCAUUUCAAUUGCUUAUAUUGGACAUUUGAGGUCUGUUGGUUUAAUGCAAAACUUUAUUACAAACAAUGUAUCUGAAUCAUUGAAUGCUGUAAUAAAGAAGUAUCAGGAUUGGCAAGAGGCACCGGUUGAUACAAUGCUUAUAGCAAUGCACCGUUUGCAAGAACUUUAUCUAACAGAAAUCAGACGCAGUUUUGGUGGCUUUGGGCCAUACACUCUCAAUGAAAGUAGUCACCUAUCUAUUAACAUUGAGGAAAUACCCAGAAUGGAGGAUCCUGAACUUGUAAUUGCCGAGCUACGUGCAGCAACCAAUGUACCAAUAAAGCAGCUUGUACCACCAUCAAUAAAAGUCCUUUCCAACAUGCUAACAGUGGUACAUAAUCCAACCAUCAAAGUUUUUACAGUUUCUGGACCAGAUAGCAAGGCGGAAGUGGUGAAGUUAUUUCCGAAAGAAAGCUGCACAUGUCCUUCAUCAACAAUGUGCUGCCAUAUACUAGCAGUUAAACAUAGCGUUGGUGUUGAGCAUUGUAGUGAAAGGAGACCUCUUAACUUGACUAAUUUGCGACGCAAUUCGCGUAAAAAAGGUGACAAAAAAUCAGGAAGGAAGAAGCCAAGGAAAGGAGAUAUUUCCUUUAUCCCUGCACCAGAUGCAAUUGCCACAACCAAAAAUCUUGAAAUAAAUUGCUUAGAUGAUUUCUUGACAGAAAAUAUUGACCUAAAAGAUAUUGCUAUGGCGACCCCAUUAACUCAAUUUAAAAUGGAACAAAAAAAAUUAACAUUAGUCAAUUCAAGUGUUCCAAAGAUAUCUCAACCUGCAGGUUCUUUAGUUUUAUCCGAUUGUUCAUUAUUUAUUAAUUCAGAUGUUACACCAGUAGUUGAUGUUGAUAAUGGAAUGUUUCCAAAUUUAUUUGAAAAUAAUUCUUUACAUUUUGAUAAUAUUGGUACUGCAGCCUUAUUGAAUCAAUCAAAAAUCGAGCAAAAUGGAUUGAAAAUUGUCAAUGCAGAUGCACAGAAAAGUCAAUCUACAUAUUCUUUAGUUGCAUCUGAUUCUCUAUCAUUACUUAAUUCAGAUGUGAUACCAUUGGUUAAUGUUAAAUCAGACUGUAUUGUUGAUGACGAGGCUUGGCUUCGAUUUAAUACAAUGAGUCUAAGCAUUGCUGAUAGAAGUCUCAUCACAAGUCCAGUUGGCCUCCUUAAUGACAAAGUAAUUUAUGCUGCGAUGAUUUUGUGUAAACGGCAGUUUCCUGAAAUGGAUGGCUUACAAGACCCUAUUCUGUGUUUUGCGGGUCAGUGUAAUAGUGCUCCGUUUUCAAGUCGUGGUUUCGUUCAAAUUUUUAAUGAUGAAAUUAAAGGUCAUUAGAUAACUGUAGCUAACCAGCAUUGCAAAGAAGGUAAAAUAAACAUUUAUUGCAGUUUACAAUUGACUCCAAGCAAAGAGUGUACACGUUCUAUUGCAAAAUUUGCGCGUCUACAGUGUGCCACUAUCGAGCUCAAUAUAAACAAUGUAUCCCGCCAAAAAGACCUACUAUGUGGAUUUUACGCAAUUGCAAAUUGCGUUACAUUGUGCUUAGGCAAAGAUCCCUGCAAUUUUACGUACAAGGAGUCAGUAAUGCGGCAACACUUAUUGACUUGUCUUGAAAAAAAACAUAUUAUCCAGUUUCCUGUUGAAAGUUUUAGAACUGUUCGAAAGAGUGUUAUUCGUGUUUCAAGAAACUCUUUGUAUUGUCUGUGUCGCACUAUUUUUAUGUCUUCGGAUUCAAUGAUCCAAUGUACAUUAUGCAAUGAGUGGUUUCAUGCAUCUUGCGUAGGUUUAACAGAGGAACUUUUUGUUGAGUACAAAAGAGAUAUUCGCAAAGUUUAUAAAUGCGCCAAAUGUAAAUAGGAUUCUUACUGAACAUUUAUAAA